AUGAACGUCGCCGACCGUUUCAAUCAGCAUCUGAGGCGUGAAUCCAAAAAACCGAAGUCACCGGUGUCUCAGGUGAAAUGUCCAGCCUGCAACCAAGUGCUUCCGCCAUCUUCGAAAGCGGCAGCCUUCGAAAAACAUUAUUUAGACGAGCAUCCCCAACUCCUCGACCCAACAUUGACCGCGGCGGAAAAUUCGCGGAUUUUGGCUAAUCUGUGGGAUGCCGCGGCCCGGAAUCAAAGCACAGAGAGCGCCGCUGCGACUACUGCGACCUCCCCGCUGGGGGAUGACCGCGCGAGUACGAGCCCGGUGCCCAGCAUGAAGAGAGAAGGUUCCCGGAGUGUCUCUCCACCGAAACGGACUCGAUCGUCUCGGCCCGUACCAGCCGCCGAAGAGAGUGAGUCUCCCGAUGUGUUUGACCGGGGACCGUACCAGAAAGGGAGGCUCUGGACGCCAGAGAACUCCACGGCCACGCCUCUACCCCGCCCCUAUGACAAGUCCAAUGUUGCUAGCCAGCCACGCCAGCGCCCAUCUUCUGGCUCCGCCGCUAAGGCGCAUCGCCAAACUCACACGUUACCGUCUCGGUCUCAGCCCCCUCUUCCAACGGCCGUCAACGAAAACGGGGGCAAAAUCCUCAAGCAGCCCGAGACCCGCCCCAUUUCUCAGGAGCAGCUGGUCGCGGAGGUAAAAGGGAUCUACGCUGGGUUAGUCAUGGUCGAGAAUAAGUGUAUCGAGGUCGACACGAACCAAAGCAACCAGCCCGCGACGACGACCAAGCUCAACAAUGAUCAAUGGCAGGCUCUGAUCGCUCUCCACCGGACCCUACUCCACGAACACCACGACUUCUUCCUCGCAUCCCAGCACCCCUCGGCCAGCGCAGCGCUCCGAAGACUCGCUGCGAAAUAUGCGAUGCCCGCUCGCAUGUGGCGCCAUGGGAUUCACAGUUUCCUCGAGCUCUUGCGGCACCGCCUGCCCGCGAGUCUAGACCACAUGUUGACCUUCAUCUACAUGGCCUACUCGAUGAUGGCGCUGCUGUACGAGACAGUCCCUGCUUUUGAGGACACCUGGAUCGAGUGCCUCGGGGAUCUGGGCCGAUAUCGUAUGGCGAUCGAGGACGACGAUAUUCGGGAUCGUGAGGUUUGGACUGCCGUUAGCAGGCACUGGUACUCGCGCGCCUCGGAUAAGUCACCUCGGACUGGGCGUCUUUACCACCACCUGGCUAUUCUUGCUCGGCCGAACGCCCUACAGCAGCUCUCCAACUACGCCAAGUCCCUUUGCGUCGAGAUUCCCUUUGUCUCUGCCCGUGAGAGCAUCAUGACACUCUUUGAACCUCUCAUGUCCAAGACCAGGACUCCACAGCAGAAUAGGCUCUCGUCUACGGAGCUUAACUUUGUCAAGGCUCAUGGGAUACUCUUUAGCGGUAAACAAUUGGAAGAUUUGGACAGCACGAUGAAGGAGUUUUUCGAUGAGUUGGACGAUCAUAUCAACGUUUCUACUCGCAGCUGGCUUGCUCCUGCUUAUCACAUGCCAAUCGCCAAUAUAUGCGGCGUAGCAGGCUAUGGUGAUGAGAGCAAUCCUAUUUCCGUAGCGCUUAAGGCAUUUAUUCGGUCACCCUCUGAGGAUCAGUCUUCCAACGAUACCAGCUCCACGACCACCGGCCCUAAAACCGGAUCAUCUAGCAAGACUGGCAACCCUGCCACCACUACCACCACCGGCACCUCUAAACCCACAGCAACACCGCAGCAAUUUUAUGGCAGCCUCCGUUUGUUCCUAUGUACCUACGAUAUUGUCUGUCGCCGUUUUGGCGACCAAAACAUCCUACCCUACUUACACGUUACACUCGCUUUCAUUUAUCACUUAACGUUUCUACCAGACACCUUGGCCGCCUAUUUCGCUCCCGUAUUCCCAUGGAAGUUGACAAAGGACGUGCUCAAUACGUUGUUGGGAGUUGGGGGGCCAAGUUCUUCGUCUGGGUCCGAAGCAGCGCCAAAGACGGAAACAAAGAAGCCAAAGACCGAGGAGACAAAGGGGUCAAAGAAGACCGCUGGUGCAGACGGAACACCAGAUGGAGAAGAGACAAAGGACAUUCAUUACGUUUCGGAGGAGGGCGAUGACGAAAAGACGACCAAAGUCGAAGAUCUCAGCGGUGAGGCCGCUACCCAAUCUCGGAGAACAAGAAACCCGCUGCCAGAUGACUACGCCAUGCGAGGGUUUCCCUGGGUAGAAAAGUACUUCCCCAGUGACUGGUUCACCGUCGACGAGCGGAUCGACGACGAUGAGAAGUACUUUGAGGUGCCCAGCAUGCUGCAGGAGCGGCGUGGGCGUAUUAUCUGGCUUGGGUGUCGGAUCGCCGAGUUUGAGGACGGCCGGUAUCUCCAGUUCGACCGGGCCACCAAGCGUUUCGCCGUGCACCCGGAUUAUGAUGUCGAUCUGGAUAUGCGGAAGCAGUCGUUAAGGAGUGUGGGAUAUGUGGGGGCACCGGAUGCCGGGGCGGUUGCGUGA